AUGAGUGAAACACCAAGUGAUCCAACAUCUGAAAUGAGAAGUUUAAGAACUUAUAAGGAUGCAAUUAAUGCCUUAAAUUCUCUUCAAUCCAAUUUUGCUUCAAUUGAAGCCAUGAAAAAGUUAGGUCCAAGUGUAAAUAGAAAUGAACUCUCAAUUGGAGAAGUAUACGAAUAUACAAGAAGAAUUGGAUAUAAACCUUCCGAUUUUAAUAAAUUGAAUAUUAUUCAUGUAACUGGUACCAAAGGAAAGGGAUCAACUUGUGCGUUUACUGAAUCUAUUUUAAAUCAAUAUCGUCCUCAACAUAUUUCCAAAAUUGGUUUAUAUACUUCACCUCAUUUGAAAUCAGUUCGAGAAAGAAUUAGAAUUAAUGGACAACCAAUUAAUGAAGAUAAAUUCACAAAAUACUUUUUUGAAGUAUGGGAUAGAUUAUCAACAACUACUUCUGAUCCAAAUAAAUGGCCAAGUUUGCAACCUUGUGAUCAAGUGAAACCUAUGUAUUUCAAAUACUUAACCGUGUUGUCAUUUCAUGUAUUUAUGCAAGAAGGUAUAGAUACCGCUAUUUACGAAGUCGGUGUAGGUGGGACUUAUGAUACUACAAAUAUUAUUGAUAAACCAACCGUUACUGGAAUCUCGGCCUUAGGAAUUGAUCACACGUUUAUGUUGGGAAAUACAAUUGAAAGCAUUACUGAAAAUAAAACUGGUAUCUUUAAAAAAGAUACCCCGGCAUUUGUUUCUGAGCAAGUUGAAUAUCCCCAAACUCAUGAAUUGAUCGAGAAGAGAGCAAAAGAAUUGCAGGCUUCAUCGUUACAAUUCGUAGAGUCCGACUUACCAAAAGACGUCAAGUUGGGAUUAUUGGGAGACUUCCAAGGUGCCAAUGCCGCAUUGGCAGUGAGAUUAGCCACUACCCAUUUGAAAUCAAUAGGUAUAACAGAAGAUUUACCGGAAUUUAACCCCGAGGGAUCAAUCAAGAAAUUAUCUGACAAGUUUAUCACUGGUCUCGGGAAUGUAGAUUGGCCAGGGAGAUGUCAAAUCAUCAAGAACAAGCCUGGAUACGAAGGAAUAACUUGGUAUAUUGACGGUGCUCAUACUAUGGAAUCAAUAACUGCCGCAACUACUUGGUUUAAACAAGAGCAAUCCAAAUCAGAAACUAAGAACAAGAGAAAGGUGCUAUUAUUUAACCAACAAGGACGAGAAAACUAUCGUGAAUUACUUCAACAGCUUUAUCAAGUUUUACAUAAUUCUGAACCCAAGAUUGAAUUUUCAGAUGUGAUUUUCACUCCAAAUAUAACUUGGUCUUCAGGUCAGUAUAGUGCUGAAUUGCUUUCAAAGAAUACCUCUGAAGAUACAGUUAAGAAACUUGAGAUUCAACAUGAUUUCAGCAAAACUUGGAAAGAAUUGGAUGGGAAUCGGGCAACUAGACAUGUACUUCCGGAUAUUGAAACUUGUCUUAAUUACUUGAAAUCAGAAGCACAGAAAGAGGAAUUAGAAGUGUUUGUAUGUGGAUCAUUACAUUUAGUAGGAGGAUUUUUAGUUGUUCUUGACAACGAGAGAGAAUAG